AUGAAACUUUACAGGUUAUGGAAACUUAAUAUCUCGUUAGUGUUCACGACUCAUGCAACAUUGUUAGGACGUCAUCUUUGCGCUGGUGGUGUCGAUCUUUACAACAAUCUUUCUCGAAUUGAUCUUGAUCGAGAAGCUGGUGAACGGCAGAUUUACCAUCGUUAUUGUAUUGAAAGAGCUGCCGUACAUCUUGCCCAUGUCUUUACCACGGUCAGGUUGGUCUAUCUUGUUUUUUUACUUGACAGUUCUUUCUUGGUUACCUACUAUUCAGCUUAUACGCAUUAUUCUCGGCCAAUAACUUGCUAG